UUCGCUUCGUGUAUAAACUCGUACACAAAGGAAGCGAUCAUUAAAUUGAUAAUUACGACUGUAAUAUUGAUAUAUCUCAUUUGAUAACACAAGAUUAUCAGAAACGUAUUUUUUUACACUUCAUUUGGCAUUCAAACCGCAUAAACUAUUGAUCAAAAGUCGAGUUUCGAUAGCGGACACGUAAUAUUAAUGAGUUCCAAAAUAAAGUGAUCGAAUAAAGUUACAAUGGCGGAAACAGUUCAGCUAGGAAAAGAGCUGGUGGUGGAAAUCGAGAACAGGAAAAACCUAGGAGACAAGAAGUUUCAUUCGGAGACCUCAUUGCAAAAUUUAUCUGGUGAAGCUGAUAGGCCUGCAUUCAUAACUACGAAAGAUCCUGGGAUAAUGAACGAGACCGUCGCAAGUCCAUCUCUGGAGGAGAUCCCUGAGCGUCGUCGGACCAUGUCUCAGCCGAUGCCGGGCGCCGGGGCCCUCCUCACCGCCGCCACCAACAGGCGCCGGCGGCCGCCGCGCUCCGUCAUGUACGCCUCGGACAUUCAGACCAAUGAUUCCUCGGAGCGACUGCCGAAAAUGUUCAUGCCAAACAGAGAAGAUUACUACUUCAGUCCGUCGCCUUCGAACGGGAGCCCUACAAACUUUUUUUUCCCUCAUAACAAUUACAAAAACGGGGACAUCAAAUCUCUCAGUAGUUACCGUCUGAACUCUCAAGUAGGAAGUGGGACUCCUCGCAAGCGCUCGGUGACGACCAUGGACGCUCAGUCCAUCCGUUCAGUGGAGACUCAGGCACCGCCCCCCACCAGCCCCGAGGAUAACGCGCGCCUCUCAACUAAAUAUCUCUGUCUUAUAUUAAGUUGUAUGUACGCUGUUCUGUUGGUGACGGUCGGACUUAUUAUCUACGUGACGGAACCCUUUGUCGCUAUCAACGCGUCUCCCAUAUACUCGAUGGUUUUACUCGUGAUCGGUUUUUUGUAUCAAAUCUAUUUAUUAAUAGACAUAACGAAAUACAAAACGAACGUGUUAAAAAACCAAAAGAUUAAAUGGAUGCACAACGAGAAACUGCAGGAGUUCUUCAGGAAACAAGAGGAGGAGGCCAGACCUGGUAGUAUAUUAGAGCGACCUUUGGACAGUGUUAGGGCGAAGGCUAUACCACCAGCUGUACUGAUCCCAGUCAACCACAGCUACUGCUUCAGUACCGGAAGACACUCCGGUAGCUUUUACCUUAAGAUGGGUGCUGCAGCGUUCGCCGUGGGCCACUUAAUCCACUCGGUGUUACUCAUAACAACACAGAUCAGUUACCUCUUCGACGAUAACAUAUCCAAUGAGACAUGUAUUGACAUAAUGCAAGUCAUACUGGACUUCUGUCAGCCGAUCUACUGCUUCCUUCAAUUGUUCUUCAUAUUUAAGUAUUCGAACGUGCUCAUUAUAAAAGGUCAGAACUUGGCUUACUUCGGCUUUAUGCAUAUGAUCGGAAGCAGUCUCUGCUUUUGGAUUUCGACCAUUGUGCGUGAAAUUUUAUUGGCGCUAACUAUAUAUGCAAAUCUCAAAUACGGAAACAAAACGGAAUACGGGCCUGACACAGUGAGCGAAUACCACCACGUCACACCACACAUAGACAUCAGCGACCUCUACAGGCCGGAGUGUCAAGGCUCGGCGACCAUCAGUCGGAUCAUAGACAACUUUUCUCCAUAUCUAUAUCCGUUUGGAGUUGAAUUCAAUAUUCUCAUCGUCGCUGUAUACUACAUCAUCUGGAGCCAGAUUGGAAAAUGUCCCAACGAAGAUUCAGACAACGACUCCAGCAUCGAUGACAAUACAACGAUCUGCAAAAUCCCAACGGCUGAUGAGGAAAAUGACUUCACCAGUAACAUGGUGAUCUACGCGGACUGUCACGCUUCCAACAAGGGCAUGUUCCUCGGUCUCAUACUAACAGUCGUCAUGACCGGAAUGCUUAUCCUCGGAUUUAUCUUUAGCACCAUUGACAACAAAUUCUUAGAAAAAGGCUAUCUCUUGAGCUCCUGCACGAAACUGGCACUCCAUUCGGUGCUGCUGGUGGCUACUGUGGUAGCCUUCAUUCAGACGAGAAAACUCGACAUUAACGAACAUCCGAUCUCUCUGUUGGACGACAUCCUUUUAUUCAUCUGUCUGCCGGCUUUCUUUAUGGAGACAGUGUUCUCGAUGGUGGCUACUGUGAGCAUCGUGAAUAUCAUCAGAUCAAUAGACGUCAUGGUCAUGAUGAUUCAAGUUGUAAUCCAGACUGCGCUGUUGGUGGACGGCCUUCGACGCUGCAGCAACAGUCGGAAGCUGCGCCGCAGUAAGCCAGCUCGUGAGAUGCUGAUGUUCCUCGUCAUAGCCAACGUCGCCGUGUGGCUCUUCAACACUUUCUCUUAUAAAUCGCCUGAGAGUUUAGACGAGAGAUACGAGUUCUAUGGCAAAGUGCUGUGGAGCAUCCUGGGCCACAUCAGUCUCCCUCUCAUCAUGUUCUAUCGAUUCCACUCCAGUGUGUGCUUCGCCGACAUUUGGGAUGCCGCUUACAAACCCGGUUCCGAACACUGACGCGACGUAUAACGUGUCUAGAUCAUUCGUUUAUAGAUUUUUAGUAUUAAAACAGUCAAUAGAAUUAUGAUACAUAGCUAAUAAGUUAUUUUUAAGGACAAUAUAUAUAGUAAUAAAAUAAGACAAAGGUAUACAAACAAA